GAGGGAAGUAUUCUCACUGCAUUGUAUUUUGGCUCAACUUGAAAGAUGUUACGCAUUUGUCUCUUUCUGCUCUUUGCUUUCCACACAGCUCUGAGCCUAAGAAUCUGCUCUUUCAACGUGAGGUCAUUUGGAGAAGCUAAGAGAAGACAACCAGAAAUCAUGGGCAGCAUUGUAAAGAUUAUUUCUCGCUGCGAUAUCGUAGUACUGAUGGAAAUAAAGGACCGCAGCAACAGACUGUGUCCCUUUCUAUUAGAGAAACUGAAUGGUCACUCACAACAAAAGUACAAUUAUGUGGUUAGCAGACGGUUAGGAAGAAACAGCUAUAAGGAGCAAUAUGCUUUUUUCUACAGAUCAAAAAUGGUGUCUGUGAAGCAAACUUAUCAGUAUCCCGAUUUGCAGCCUGGCGACGAAGAUGCAUUUUCCAGGGAGCCUUUUGUCGUUUGGUUCUCCUCUCCCAAAACUGUGGCCAAAGAAUUUGUGAUAAUCCCUCUGCACACAGCUCCUGAAAUGGCUGUGCAAGAAAUUGAUGAACUCUACGAUGUGUAUAUAGAUGUCAAACAGCACUGGGCAUCUAAGAAUUUCAUCUUCAUGGGAGACUUCAAUGCCGGCUGUAGCUACGUUGCAAAGAAGCACUGGAAGAAUAUCAGGCUAAGAAACCACAACCAGUUUGUUUGGCUGAUUGAUGACAACCAUGACACAACCGUGAGAGCAAGUACCCACUGCCCCUAUGACAGGAUUGUGCUCCAUGGAGAUAAACUCAUAAAAGCCAUUGUGCCAAACUCAGCAAAUAUCUUUGAUUUUCAGAGUGCCUUUUCAAUGACUGAAGUGCAGGCUUUAGCAGUGAGUGAUCACUUUCCGGUAGAGUUCCAGCUGAGAAAUUCCAAACGAUCCCCAAGAACAUAAGGAAGACACGGUGCUGUGUGACAGGCCCAAGGAACUGCUGUUCUUCAAAAUCGAAGAUAUUAAAAUGCACACUUCUAAGGAAAGAGCAGAGUUCACAUUCUGACAUGUUUUAAAAUGUACAUCUUCCUCCCGUAGGACAUACUUCACUCAAACUAAGCAAAAUAAAAUCUUUG